AUAGAGAGAGAGAGAGAGAUAGACAUAAAGAGAGUGUUGAAGACGUUGAGUUGAAAAUCUGUGAAAAAUGUCGUCGGAGAGGGCGAUAGAUCUGGUGAAGAACGAGCUUCCAGUGGAUGAUGAGUCAAUGGUGUUUUCCGGUGACCUGCGUACCGGUCUUGUCCUUGUCGAUAUCGUUAACGGCUUCUGUACCGUUGGUGCUGGUCAUUUGGCUCCAAAAGUACCCGAUAAACAAAUAUCUAGAAUGGUUGAUGAGUCAACACGACUUGCCAGAAUGUUUUGUGAAAAGAAAUGGCCCGUGUUUGCUUUCCUUGAUACUCAUCAGCCAGAUGUCCUUGAGCCCCCAUACCCUCCUCACUGUUUAGCUGGGACAGAAGAAGCCAACUUGGUUCCUGCUUUACAAUGGUUGGAAAACGAGUCGAACGUGACACUUCGACGUAAAGACUGCAUUGAUGGAUUUCUUGGUUCUUUUGAGAAAGAUGGAUCUAAUGUCUUUGUAGAUUGGGUGAAAAAACACCAGAUUGAAGCUAUAUUGGUUGUAGGGAUAUGCACAGAUGUAUGCGUACUGGACUUUGUGUGUUCUGCACUCUCUGCAAGAAAUCGUGGUUAUCUUACACCUCUAAGGGAUGUGAUUGUGUAUUCUGGUGGGUGUGCAACUUUUGACCUUCCACUACAUGUUGCCAAGAGCAUCACUGGAGCUCUUGCUCACCCUCAGGAACUCAUGCACCAUGUUGGGCUUUACAUGGCAAAGGGCAGGGGAGCUAAGGUGGUGUCAGAAGUGUCAUUUGCAGCUUGAAGAAGGAUGAUUUUGAGAGGCUUGCUUUCUUUGUCAAUACUGUAGGACACAUUAUUAAAAGAAAGUCUAAUGCUUUUCAGAAGCUUAUAUUGUAACAAGAAAAAGAAACCGUUGAUAUGAAAGGGAAAGUUCCCUUGUUAUGUUGUACUUGCAAGCUUUUGAAUGUUUAUAGAAAAAUACAUCGUAUGGAUCAUGACA